AUGGGUGAUGGUGGCGAGUACGAGGACGAGGGCGAAGAAGGGUACGCAGAAAAAGGGCAAGGGUACGAUGGGGAAGGCAACGCAUACGCGGGGGGAGGAGGCGAAGAGGGGCAAGGUGCAGGGUACAUUAAUCAGGAAGGAGAGGAGUUCGGACAAGAAAUGGAAGGAGGGGAGGGGUUUGCGGACGAGGAGGAAAAUUGGCAAGAGGGAGGAGCGGAAGACGUUUACGCGAUGGGAGCGGGAAUGGGGAAUGGCCCAGAAGGGGAAGAAGGGUUUGCGGAGGACGGGGUGGCGGCAUUUGCAGAUGCGGGUGAAGGAUACGAUGGGGAAGAUGGAAAUGCGUACGCAGGGGACGAGGUGCAGAAUCAGGCGGAAUUGGGGGAAGGCUACGCGGGAGAGGGGGGGGGAGGAGACGGGAGAGGGGGAGGGGAAGGAUAUGCGGGAGAAGGGGGGGAUGGAGUUGAGGGAGAGGAGGAGGAAGGAUAUGCGGGCGAGGGGGGGGAUGGAGUUGCGGGAGAGGAGGGGGAAGGAUAUGCGGGAGAGGGGGGGGAUGGAGUUGCGGGAGAGGAAGGGGAAGGAUAUGCCGGCGAGUGGGGGGAUGGAGUUGCGGCAGAGGAGGGGGAAGGAUAUGCGGGCGAGGGGGGGGAUGGAGUUGCGCCAGAGGAGAGGGAAGGAUAUGCGGGCGACGGGGGGGAUGGAGUUGCGGGAGAGGAGGGGGAAGAAUAUGCGGGCGAGGGGGGGGAUGGAGUUGCGGGAGAGGAGGGGGAAGAAUAUGCGGGCGAGGGGGGGGAUGGAGUUGCGGGAGAGGAAGACCAAUGCGAUGAAGAGAACGGCGCUGCAGGCGACGGCGGAGAAGGUGGCGAACCUACCCAGCCGCACAGUCAUGGAGCUGAAGAUGAUGACGACAUUGAGAAUAUCAUGUACCCUGGAGCGCAAGCAAUGGCCACACAACAGAGCCAUGCGUCGACGAUGGAUGAGGAUGUUGAGGACCAGAGAGCGUUGGAGCGGGGAAACGUGGCCGCGAAGAAGAAAUACCAGAGCAACCCCGGCAAGCGCGUGGAGUGGGGCGAGGCAGAGGGCGAGGUGGGGGCCACGGAGAUGAGCGCGGAGGUGAGCGCGGAGGUGAGCGCGGAGGUGAGCGCGGAGGUGAGCGCGGAGGUGAGCGCGGAGGCGAAGGGAGGGGAGGAGGACGAGGGAGAGGGAGAGGCCGACGGAGAGGAGGAGAGAGAGGAGGAGGGAGGGCCGGAGGUCGGGGAGGUCGUGGCGAUGGGACGGGUGGAGGACGCGUCGAAGGGAGAGGGGGGGGGCGAGGCGGCAAUCGGGGUGGCGGACAAGGAGCUGGUGGUGGCAGAGGCCGAGCUACUGGCACGGGACGGGGGAGAGGAAGGGGAGCAGCAGUCGGGCGUGGACGGGGCAGCCCAAGGGUUAACAGUGCAGGGGGCAGCACUGGGCAGCCCAAUCAUACGCAGAGAGGAUGGGGUGCCAUGGCAUCAGCUGGUGGUGGUCGUGCAGGGGCACAACCUGGAGGGUCGAACAUGGGUGAUAGAUCCCAAUCCAAUGCCAGCGGGGGUGGUAUGA